CCUACGCGUCCCCACCACCCUUCUAGCUCCCACAAUCCUGCCUCACCCAUGGGACGGCCCGCACGCCCGCCUCAAUCGCCAGCAUGAUGGUUGCCCGCCCCACCUCUGCGAACCCUCCGCGCCCCGACAACGAGCCCACUUCCACCACCAUGGACCCAGCCUUGCGCCUGGCUGACAACGCGACCAACGGCCCGCGUCCCUCCUCCGCCCACGUGCGCGAAGAGCCCCCCCAAUCCAACGGUCGCGGUGUAGGUAGGCCUCGCAUGGUUCGUGCAAAAAGCGAUUUUGGACCCCGCCGCGAGGAGCCGCCGCCGGUGCAGCGAGACGAGGACCUUGAGAGCCAUGACGACGGCGAGUGGAAGAUCCGCCACGGCUGGGAGAGCCAGCUGACCUCGGAGGAGUAUCAAAAUCUCUUGAGCUCGUCCUUCUUCAUGUACUUUACCGACAAGAAGCACGAGACAAACGGCAAUCCCAAGGACGACAGCGAAACCUAUCCUCUACAGGAAUGGCGCAUGAAAGACAGGCUCAAAACCGUGUCGGCUGUGCUCGCGCUUUGCCUCAACAUCGGCGUCGAUCCCCCAGACGUCAUCAAGACUAAUCCCUGCGCCAAGCUCGAGUGCUGGAUCGACCCCACCAUAUCCACAGGAACCUCGGGCCACACGCCUAUGAACAACAUCGGCAAGGCUCUGCAGACUCAAUACGAACAGCUUAGCAUGCGCACAAGAUACAAGCUUUGCCUCGACCCCACCGUCGAUGAGACGCGCAGGUACUGUUCGACACUACGUAAGAACGCAAGGAAUGAGCGUGUGCUCUUCCACUACAAUGGCCAUGGUGUGCCCAGGCCUACCUCAUCCGGUGAGAUUUGGGUCUUCAACAGGAACUACACGCAGUACAUACCCAUCUCUCUCUACGACCUCCAGUCUUGGCUCGGUGCGCCGAGUCUGUUCGUCUACGAUUGUUCUGACGCGGGGCUCAUCAUCCAAAACUUCAACAAGUUUGCAGAAAAGCAUGAACAAGAAAAUGCUGAGCUUCAGAGAAGAGAGCCCAAUGCCGAAAUUAUGGACUUUAGUGACUGCAUUCACCUAGCCGCCUGCAAGGAGAAAGAAACGCUGCCGACAAAUCCAGACCUGCCGGCAGACGUCUUCACCUCGUGUCUUACCACGCCGAUUGAGAUGGCUGUUCGCUUCUUCAUUUUGCAAAAUCCGCUCCCAUCAGGCAUCACUCUUGGUGACGCGGCUAACAUCCCAGGUCGGGUCUCUGAACGUCGUACGCCCAUUGGCGAGCUCAACUGGAUCUUCACUGCAAUCACUGACACCAUUGCAUGGAACUCGCUCUCCAAGCCUCUCUUCAAGAAGCUGUUCCGCCAAGACCUCAUGGUCGCGGCUCUCUUCCGCAAUUUCCUUCUAGCACAGCGCAUCAUGAGAGUCUACCAUUGCCACCCGCAAUGCUAUCCUGAAAUACCCGAAACGCAUGAUCAUCCGCUCUGGAGAAGCUGGGAUCUCGCCGUGGAGAUGAUACUUGCGCAGCUUCCGGAUCUCAUUGCAGCCGAACGAGGCGAGAAGCACUACGAGUAUCAGCAUUCCAACUUUUUCGCAGAACAACUCACGGCCUUCGACGUGUACCUGAACCAAGGCGGCGCCAUGGAGCAAAAAGUGCCGGAACAGCUCCCCAUUGUUCUGCAGGUGCUUCUGAGUCAGGUUCACCGUCUGCGCGCACUGGUCUUGCUGAGCAAAUUCCUUGAUCUGGGCCCAUGGGCUGUCAACCUUGCACUCAGCAUUGGUAUCUUCCCUUACGUCUUGAAACUGUUGCAAUCUCAAGCUGUCGAGUUGAAGCCGGUCAUGGUGUUCAUAUGGGCUCGCAUAUUGGCUGUCGAUCAAUCGUGCCAAAGUGAUCUGCUCAAGGAUAACGGUUACACGUAUUUUAUUAGCAUCCUGCAUCCCAACUCAGGAAUUCCCAUCGGAAACCCUGCUGAACACCGCGCCAUGUGCGCCUUCAUCAUAGCCAUGUUCUGCAAGGAUUUCCAUCAAGGACAGGUCGUGUCGCUCAGCCCUGAGCUUAUGGACAGCUGCUUGCAGCAUCUAGGAGACGUUGAAAACCCCUUGCUUCGGCAGUGGUCUUGCCUUUGCUUGAGCAUGCUGUGGAUCGAUUAUCCAGAGGCCAAAUGGACUGGCAUUCAGUGCGGCGCAUACCAGCGUCUCAUGUACCUUCGUACAGACCCGGUCGCCGAAGUUCGCGCUUCGAUGCUCCAUGCCUUGACGACCUUCUUGGGUAUCCCUGACGUCACUCCGCAAGUUGCCCAGAUUGAAGAGUCCAUUGCAGGUAAUCUCCUGUUCAUGGCCCAUGACGGUAAUAGCAUGGUUCGGAAGGAACUUCUCGUCUUCUUUUCUACAUUUGUGGCCAGGUAUGACAACAAGUUUAUUGUCGUUGCUUACAAGCAGAUGCUGGAAGAGAAGGAAGCUCUCUUGAAACCCACCAACAACGUAGAGGACGUCAAUGGCCAGCGCCCUGGAACCGCUAACGACAAUCAUGAUUCAUCUGAGACCAUGAGCCAGAACACCGUUUUCUCCGCCGUUUGGAAGGAGAUUCUGAUUCUCUCUGUCGAUCCCCACCCUGAGGUGGCUGUCAACGCAACUCUCAUCAUCGAUUAUGUGCUCAAUGCUCUCAUUGAAUCUUCUCUCAUGCCAUAUGCCCAUUCUCUGAUGGAUGAAGUGUCAGAGCUCAGCAAUCAGAAAAAGAGGAGGGACAAGGUGCCUUCUCGCAGGUCAUUCGUAGACCUUUCCCAGGCCACUUCGCAAGGAUCACAGCCUUCCACGCCUCCUAACACCACGAAGCAAGACGGCUUCUUGGCUUCUGGUAUGCGCCGUACGGCCAGCGUUGCAGCUUCGCUCAAGAACCUUGCGUUUGGCGGCUCAAACCAAGAUACCAGUCCUAGCAACACACUGAAGAACUCGGCUAAGCCCAGCCCAUCCGCUAGAGGACGGAUCCCUUCUGAAUGGACCAAAGCGCAAGAUGAAUCGGACUCUGGCCGCAUGACUGUUAUGCUGGGUUCCGAAAAAGUACCCGUGUCACGGAACUACAAGCCUCGCGAGGUGGACCAGCUGCCUAGCAUUCCUUUGAAAAGCAAGUUCUUUGAGUGGUCAGUGGAGUACUUCCGAGAGCCGCAGAUGAGGCCUGCCGAAGGCGAUGAGCCGGGUAGUAUGGACUACAACCAACGGUUGUGGCGCCGUAACCGCAACGACAGGAUCAUCGCUGAGACCCAACCAUUGAAGGAGACUGGCGGCAGCAGUCCCUGGAACAAGCCUAGCGGUUUUUUCAACAACCUGUCUCAGCCGGCGAAGAUGACCUUCCAUCAGUUUGAAGACCACCUUGUGGUGACAGAUGACACUGAUGUUGUUACAGUCUGGGACUGGGAACGGAGUAGCAAGCUGAACCGGUUCUCCAACGGCAAUCCCUACGGCUCCAAGAUCACCGAAGUCAAGUUUAUCAACGAAGACGACCAAGCGCUUCUGAUGACUGGCUCCUCCGAUGGAGUAAUAAAACUUUAUCGGGACUACGAGAACCCUAGAAAAGCUGAACUCGCGACUGCUUUCCGGGCGUUGACGGAUCUGGUGCCGAGCAACAGAUAUGCUGGCCUUGUCUUUGAUUGGCAGCAAGGCCGUGGGCACGUCCUGGUGGCCGGUGAUGUCCGGGUCAUCCGCGUUUGGAAUGCUGGCACGGAGACUUGUGCUUUGGAUAUCAAUGCGCGCUCUGGAUCGUGUAUUACCUCACUGACUUCAGACCAAGUCGAAGGCCAUGUGUUCGCUGCCGGUUUUGGCGACGGCGCUGUGCGCAUCUAUGACCAGCGCAUGGAGAAGAAGCGCGAGAUGGUCAAAGUGUGGAAGGAACACAGGCAAUGGGUAACAAACGUCCAUCUUCAACGUGGCGGCCAGCGCGAGCUGGUGAGCGCGUGUCGUAGUGGCGAGGUCAAGCUUUGGGACAUUCGCAUGGACCGCAGCGUGAAGACAAUCCAAGCGUCCAAGGACAACUUGCGAACUCUCAGCGUUCACGAGCAUGCGCCGGUAUUUGCUACUGGCUCCGAACGUCAUGUCGUCAAGCUUUUCAACCUCAACACUGGAAAGUCUCUCUCGUCCUUUGAGCCGUACGCUGGCUUCUUGCACACAAAGCGGACGAACCCAAUUUCCUCCACGGCAUUCCACCCUCAUCGCAUGAUGAUUGCGGCCUCAUCGUAUAACGAUCACCACAUCAACAUCUUCGAAGUCAAUGAGCGCCAGUCACAACAGCAAGAUGACAAGUACUAGACAUACGGAGAUUUCUUACUUAGCCUAGUGUCGCGUUGGCUCGUUAAAUUUUCUUUAAUUCUUGGGUGUGAUGCGACUACACCUCUGAUUCACGGCGUCUUGUGGAAAUAUCCGACGGUUUCCUAUGACACUACCACGGUUUGCAUCGGGUAUGCAGUGGUACACAUAUCAUAGCGAUGGCGUCCCUGGAGGGCUUGCUUUAGGGUACAAAGGUAUUGGCGAAUGGUGUCGUAAAGAUAGUUUAUAGUUUUUGUGCUAGCAAUACUUGAAUUCUCUGCUGGGUU